ACCACAUUCACAACUAGUUCCAGAGAGUUGUAUAAAAGCUGCAGCACUAGCAUCCUUCCCUCAUCCACAGUGUCAUUUCAAAAGCCAAGUGAGGAGGCUGGGAAAACUGUGCACUAUAGUUGUUCUGAAAUCCACACUGUUUUUCAUUCUGGACUCCAGAGGUUACACCCAGGAUCACAAUAACCUCUCUUGCAGACAGAAGAUUAACGGGUAGCAAGACAUCAUGGAAGAGUCUGGAUAUUUUUUCGAUGAAUUUGAUAACUACACCUAUUCCUUUUAUCCCAUUGAGUAUUCUCAAGAAGAUCUGGAAUUGGAAGAGAAGGUUCAUUUGGGAGCUGUGCAGUGGGUUUCCCUUGCCUUAUAUGGCCUAGCAUUUGUCCUUGGGGUGCCAGGAAAUGCCAUUGUCAUCUGGUUCACUGGAUUUAAGUGGGGAAAGACAGUCACCACUCUCUGGUUCCUCAAUCUGGCCAUUGCAGAUUUCAUCUUUGUUCUCUUUCUGCCUCUUUACAUGUCCUACGUGGCCAUGAAUUUCCAUUGGCCCUUUGGCACCUGGCUAUGUAAAGUCAACUCCUUCAUUGCUCUGUUGAACAUGUUUGCCAGUGUGUUCUUCCUAACAGUGAUCAGCCUGGACCGUUACAUUCAUCUGAUUCACCCUGUCUUCUCUCAACGUUACCGAACACUAAAGAACGCCCUUUUUGUCAUUGGCAUAGUCUGGCUGAUGGCAUUUAUGGUUGGUGGCCCUGCCCUGUACUUCAGAGAAACUCUUGACCUCAACAACCAUACCAUCUGCUUCAACAAUUUCCACCAGAAUGAUACCAGCGUUAUUUUAAUGAGGCACCAUGUUCUGACCUGGAUGAAAUUUAUUUUCGGUUACCUCCUUCCCCUACUCACCAUGAUCAUUUGUUAUUCACUUCUUGUCCUCCAGGUAAAGAGGAGAGCCACCCUGACCUCCAGCAAAUAUUUCUGGACAAUACUAGCCGUGCUGUUGGCCUUUGUGAUUUGUUGGACCCCCUUUCACCUCUUUAGCAUUUGGGAGCUGUCAAUUCACCACAGCAACCACUUCCACCAUGUGCUUCAGGCGGGACUCCCCCUCUCCACUGGCUUGGCUUUUUUCAACAGCUGCCUGAACCCCCUUCUUUAUGUCUUGAUUAGUAAGAAGUUCCAGGUUGGUUUCCGGACUUCAGUUGCUGAACUCUUAAAGCAUACCUUGAGGGACGUUAGCUGGUCAGGGACAAUGAGUGAACAGUUAAAACACUCUGAGGCCAAAAACCUGUGCCUUCUAGAAAUGGCUCAGUGAGGAGAGUUCCCAAAAUUGAAGCUGAAACACAUGUAAACCAAAAUAAAAGAAACCCAAACUGACUGUGAGGUAACACACACCACUAAGAAGCAAUUGGUUUUUCUGAUAAAAUAAGCAAGGCAAGCAAAUACUGGCUGAUUAACAACUUUAUCAGUAAGCCAUUCUCUUAUUUGUGUGUGUGCGCGCACACGCGCGUGCACACACACACGCACGUGCAAAUAUGUCAGUCUCCUAACAGCAAUAUCUUUGAAUCAAAUCUAAUUACAAGAUACACAGUGGGCCAUUUUUCUAUCCGUUGACCAAGGCAGCCCGAUUUAGUGUUGUCGCAGAUGUGAGAAGAAGCUUGUUUAAUUUGAUUCUUGCUCAUUAUGCUACACUGACAAAGUCUCUGAUGUGGAAGCAUAUUAUUUUCUUAGGAUAACUUAAAAGAUCUUGGGGCUUAUUAUUAAAGAUAGAUCCUUUCCAAGAACACUAAGGUAUAUGCUGCUUCUAACAUUCAUUUUCAUUUUUGCUGAUAGCCUCACAAACAUAUUCACCAUCUCACAAGUAGAUAAUAAAUAAAAAUAAAAUUUAUAAAAUAAAAUUCUUAAUUUUAUGUAGUUCAUGCAUUUUGCCAGAGGGUGUAUCUUAUAUUCAUUUAAAGUUUAUUUCUGUAAAUAUAAAUAGAUCCGCAAAAUUGGUAUAAUGUGUGUUCACAUACAUGUCCCACAGAGUUGACAUCUAAACAGACAAUAGACUUGGCCAAGAGAUGGUGGGAAACAUGUAGGAUUUGGAGCCAAAAGACUUGGGAUUGAAUAUUUACUUUGAUCUCUACCACUUCCAUGACACUGAACAAGCUACCUAACCAUUGUAGACCUCAGUUCCUUAUCUUUAAAAUAAGAAAUUUGGAAUAGAAGAUGAACUAUAAGGUUCCUUCUUUUUUUUUUUUUUUUAAGUAAGGCAAUUGGGGUUAAGUGACUUGCCCAGGGUCACACAGCUAGUAAGUGUUAAAUGUCUGAGGCCGGAUUUGAACUCAGGUACUCCUGACUCCAGGGCCAGUGCUGUAUCCACUGUGCCAUCUAGCUGCCCCAUAAGGUUCCUUCUAACUCUGAAACCUAUGAUCCUAAAAGUUCAUAAAAUGAAGCUUUUGGUGGCACAUUAAUUUCAUUCCACUAUUUCUCCAUAUUAUGACUUUUUUUAAAGUUCAAGCAAUAAUGUAGAAGAUUCAUCUUAAAUAAAAACAAUUCAAUUCAAAAAAGUAAGUGCCUGGUAUAUUCAGGGCAUCAUGCUAGGUACUGGGGACACAAAGCAAAAAAAAAAAAAAAAAUCAUUCCUGCCUUCAGGGAUCUCACAUUCCACUGGAAUGAUACUUGUUUACGAGCAAAUACAAAUAUAACCCAAGCCUCAAAGCACAUUUAUAUGGAGUUCUUCUAUUUGGUGGAGAUUGAUUACUCAAUGAUCUCCACCUGCCAAGAGGUGGAGUUGGUAAGAGCUAGAAAGAAGUGAGAUCCUGGUCUUCUGGCUUCCAACUUCAAGAGAGAAAAGUCAUGCCGUUCCAGACGGUCUUCAAGUCGCUGAAGAGAGAAAGACCUGGGAAGACCUUCUUCUGAGAAACUGACAUACAGAGAAGCCAGCAUUUCAAUUGUGCCCCUAUUCCUGGUUUACAACAUUAGGAACUUUGGGAAAUUUCUCCUUGGAUGGAGAUCUGAGACUCUCUCUUAGCUGAGGUGAAUUAUCUCACUCCCAAAGACAGAGCCCAUUGUA